ACCACAGUCUACUCAUCUGGUACCUCAACACUUCAUUUUGUUUGUUUCUUUAUGUAUUUGUUUGAUAUUCUUAAAUUAAUCUCUGGCCUCUCAAUCCCCCCUGACACCAAGGAUGAAAUUGCUGAACAUGUAUAGUCAAAGCAAACACAGUGAUGGGCUUAUUAAAGACACGGGGAGCAGCGAGGAGGAGCCUGGCUCUGGCUGCAGCUGCUACAUUGGCUGUAUGCUCAGCAGUGGGGAGGAGCUGAUGUAGAGAGAGGGAGAGAGAGGGAGAGAGAGAGAGAGAGAGAGAGGGAGAGUGUUGGGGGAGGAGGGCAGCGCUCUUGUUGGGGAGAUAGGGAAUGCCCGUUAGUUGCGUCUGCCGAUUAUAGCACAUCAGCUGGAGCGCUGCUAUUGGGAGAGCAGAGCACAGGCAGUGCGGAGGACUGAGCCGCUGAGCGCAGGAGGGUACACUAGAGAAGACAGGCACACUCAAGGAAGAGGCAGGGAGAGGCAGGGAGUGCGAGCGCAUCAGAGCCGGUGUGAAGGAGCAGAGCAGUGGGCGCAGGAGAGCAGAAAGAUAGAGGACCAGAGAAAAGUUACCAGGUCAGCAAUAGAGUGUGGAAGCGGAGCAGCCGAGACUCUCCUGGGGUUCUCUCUCCCUCUGGAACUGCCCGGCACGGCGAUCAGCAGCACAGGAGGGGAGUGAUAUUACAACAGGGGGGAUAGAGGGAGUACUGUAACUUCUUCCUGGAAAGACCAGGGUAAUGCUCCUCUCAGCACCUCUGUGCACAGCCACUUCAGGACUACCACGGCAAGACAGCAGCAGCAGCAAGAAGAAGAAGACACUUGAGCCUGGCAGAAGUGCCUGGACAGUCCAGCUCCACUCACUUCUACACUGAGGACUUUCUUACACAACUGUGUGCAUCGAGGUGGAUGUAAUUGUGUUUCUGUGAGGCUUUUAUCUCUUUUUAUGCUUCAGAGUGAAGCAGUGGUGAUUUGGAUGGUGAGUUGUCCUGUCCUGUCAUCUCUGAGACUAUGGUAGACUGUGCGUCAGGGAGCCCUUCAUCAGCAGCUGCAGCCUUAGAGCAUGGAGAAGUCCAGCAGUGAGGAGUCAGCCAUUCACCGUAGCCCCUCAGUAGAUAGCCGUGACUCUGAUUUUGCACAAGCCUCCACGUCUGGCCGCCCGUUUGGCGGCCGCGGCUUCACUGCCGGCGCAUUCUACGGCUCCACGGGGCCGCGCAAAAACGCACAGCAGGGGCAGGCUGGAGCAGCAGCUGACGCCAGCGCAGGAGACAAGACCAACAGCAAGUACAGCUCCCCCAAAAGCAGCAAAUACGUGGUCUUUUACCUGGAUCUAUCCUUUGUGUUCCUUUUAGAAUUCAAGAAGUGCAACAUGGCAAGGGGCUGCCUCUGCUGCUUGAAGUAUAUGAUGUUCAUCUUCAAUCUCAUCUUCUGGUUAUGCGGCUGCGGGCUGCUCGGCGUGGGCAUCUGGCUCUCCGUGUCGCAGGGCAGCUUCGCCACCUUCUCACCCUCAUUCCCCUCGCUGUCGGCAGCCAACAUGGUCAUCUUCAUCGGUGCCAUUGUCAUGGUAACGGGCUUCCUCGGUUGCCUGGGCGCCAUCAAGGAGAACAAGUGCCUGCUUCUGAGUUUCUUCAUUGUCCUGCUGAUAAUUCUCCUGGCAGAGCUGAUAUUACUCAUCCUGUUCUUCGUGUACACAGAUAAGGUGAGUGAGAACGCCAAACAGGAUCUCAAGGAUGGGCUGGCUCUCUACAACUCAGAAAACAACAUAGGCCUGCGAAAUGCCUGGAACAUCAUCCAGGCUGAGUGGAAGUGCUGCGGUGUAAUAGCAUACACCGACUGGCACGAGGCCCUGAAGGAGAAGGUCGUUCCUGACCGCUGCUGCCAGGAGCAUUACCAGAACUGUGGGCGAAACUCCACCAACAUGUUCUGGAACAGAGGCUGCUUCGAGAAAGUGGAGGAAUGGCUGGACGACAACAAGCACAUGCUGGGAACCAUAGGCAUGGUCAUCUUGGUGGUGCAGCUCCUGGGCAUGGCGUUCUCCAUGACGCUCUUCCACCACAUCCACAGAACGGGGAAGAAGUACGACGCUUAGCCUCAAGGGGGGAGAGUCACCCCGACGGAGAGGAGCCCCCACUGCCUGAUGGGAUGAGACUCUGAUUUAAACGCCCCCUGCUCCCCCUCUACCCCCACACUUUACAACCUCUUUAGAGCAUCCCCCCCCCAGCCCCAUCCCUCGAUUUCCCAGACCUUCUGUACAGAUUCCAGCUGUGUCCCCGCUCUGUUCCGCUCUCUCCUUUCACCAUCCAUUUUUGCCAAAGAGUAACACAACUGGAAGAGAAGGGACACCUACUUUUUGGCUAAGGAAGAGAAUCCCAUUGGUUGUCACUCCUCUUGAGUACAUUUCAGUUUUGUUUGUUUUUUUUGUUUUUGCUUGGACUAACAAUUUGCUGGAAGGACGGAUGGACUUUGAGACAAUGAAUACUUUACUAAUGCCCACACACCCCACUCUGAGGCAAAGAGAACAUAUAAAGACUGAUGAUACCCUCCACCAGAGGUUUUUUUUGAGUGGAGUUCCCCCCCAUAUUGAUCAAAUUCCCGCCCCUUUUCACUUGUAAAUGACAAAGUUCCAUCAUGGCAUGCUAGUUUUCUACUUUCCAGAUGUUCCCUCGUUGUCGAAAAUGUCUUCAUCGUGUCUUGUGUUUUUUUUGUCCUUUUGUUUUCUUUUUUUUUUUUUUUGUAAGUAUGUCAUCGACGCUCCUGUGGAAUAUAAGUGUCGAACAGAUCGGUGCAAUGAGCUUGCAGACAUGCAGUGCGCUUCCUGUGUGAGGGAUUGGAUUUGACGCGAGGGGCGCAGACGUGUCGCAGCGGCUUUUAACGUAAUCCACAAUCUUUUUUUUUUUUUAUCGGACUAUAGAGAUUGUUUUGGUAAAGCGAGCCUGAUGGGGAGGUGCGGGAGGGGAAUCAUCAGUGGAUUUAUUUUAUACCAAAUUCUGCAGCGUCCUCUGAAUAAAUUGUAAUGCAUAUUUCUGCCUGUGAGCACACACACAUACACACACACACUGUACUGCCACACAGUAGCAGUACUGCUACUCCCUGUGAGACAAUACAAAUGGUGUAAAAUGGCUGUUUAUUAGGGCUCCACCAGACUGCCAAGUGAAGAAAUCUGGGCGACGAAGUUACCCCUUUGAGAAUACAGACUGAAUUGUGUGUGUUGUUGCUGUGUGUGUGGAGUGUGGCCUCAUGGGUGUGUUUGAUCACAUUGUCCAAGCUGCAGAGGAAUGAAAAAAAAAGGACGGCACAUAGAAACACAGAGGAACAAGGGCGUGAGGGGCAAAAACAGAGCAGACACGUUGCCUUCGUGCCGCCAUCAAUUGUGUUAGCGAGGGCAGCUGGAGACUCUCCCCUCUGUAUUCCUGAGAUCUCAUCUGCUCUGGCUCCCCUCAUUCCUCUCUCUCUCUCUCUUUCUCUGGCUGUCAGCUCCCUCCGCCUGCAUUUCUCUUUUCCUCACCCCAAUUUUCUCCCGGCGUGUCAGGAAGCAAUGAGCUUCACUCUCCGUACGUACACACAGUACCUCCGCCGACAUUCCUGCUCAUCACCAGGUGACAUCUUAGGUUUGCAACUUUGCCCAUUUUCUAUAAGCUUUUCCCUUUUCAGCUGCAGGGGGUGGGGGCAGGCGCGUGGGCAGAUCAAAGCGGAGACAGAUAGGUAUGGCAACGUGCCCUGUAGGACGUGUCUGUUCUUCCCUGAUUCGCCGCAGGAGGCCUGAGCGCCAACCCCGUCUCCUUAAGACUGAAAAUACUCUACAUCUGCCGUGGCGACUUAAAGCAAAUGCCCUCCAGUAUGUUUGCUCCGGGAUUCAAAAUGUCUCUGAGCACACGAGAGAGGCGGUGGAACGGCGCAAAUGACUUGCUUGCUGUUAGAGGAGUUGGAGGCGAUCAUUCGGCCGUAAUUGGAUGUCAUCAGCAUCGACAACACCGCGGUAAAUGCUGAUGUCGGAGAGCGUGGCCGUGGCAUUUCAACACAUCCAAAAGGGGGCGAGGAACAGAUGGGACAGGGUGUAAACAGGCCAGCAGUUUAACCGUGGACAUUUUAAGCCCAGUGAAAACGCAGCAAAACUUUGUAUUUCAGUGGUCGACCAAUACGGUUGUUUCAAGGCUGAUUCAGGAUACGUCACUCAACCCAGAAGCUGGAGUCAAACAUCGACCAUCCCCGUAUGAGCUGCCACUUCACUCGACAAACAGAAACACAGAACCUCAGUAAUAAUCCCUCCAUGCACGAAAACUGUGUACAAGUUCACUGUGGUCUUCACUUAGAAAGGCGGUUUGUCUGAGACCCUUAGAUCGUCCCCCGCUCAUGCUCCUACGGGUGAUACUCUGACUGGAUUGCCAUGUUUCUUCAUUCAAACACUCGUAAUGACAUCGUGUCCAUGUUAGCCGUCUUUUCAGUUUGGUCAUUUUACCUCCAAUCAGCAGACUUAUUUGUCUGACGUGACAGUGUCCUUUUUGCAGCUGUCAAAAAAUGCGUCCGUGAGGAGUUAAUGCCUUCUUUAAAAGAUGGUCGAAACAGUGUGAUCCCAAAGAGCUGCACACACACAGGCGCUGGCAAUUACUCUCGCUGAUCAGACCCAUCUGUUCACACCGAGAAUUAACAAAAAACAACAGAAACUGAAAAUGAUGGGCAGUAAAAGUAGUGCGCCACAUAGCAAAAGAGGGAUUUUUUAACUCUGGCGUGGAAGUCUGUCCCCCGUUUUUCUCCGAUUGUUGUUUUGUUUCUGGAGGAAAAACAAACCAGAGUAGAACACCAAACAUAUUUCUAUUGGUGAAAAAGGCUGGGAUGUUCAGGAGGCCUAGAAUCUGGGCUGUGUGUUUCUUGGCCAUCAAAGUUUUAUUAGACAUGUUACCACAUUCCCAGAUCUCAACAAAGAACUUAAAGUAUUAUUAAUAAUAGAGAUGAUGGGCGAAUUAAAAAAAAAAAAAAAUAAGACCAUGAACUGGAAUUUUCCUUCACCAGGAGAAGACAGGUGAUUAUUUAUUUGCUGCUGUUGUAAAAAAUCGAGUAGAGAAAUCAUUGGGACCAGAGAGGGGGCCGCGUUUCUUAAUCAUAUCCAAGGCAACUGUUGACGGGAGGGUUUGUCUAUUUUGGAUGAAGCCUUGGAACUCAGACACUGUGGCUUGAUGCUUCAUGGGCGAACAAAUGACCCACCAACAUUCACUUAUUAGACAUUCUUCCAGUCUGGCAGCUUGCGUGCCUCACAGUACCACCUAAAGUCAUUCUUAACUUUUUAAAAUCUUUUUUUUUUUUUUUUUUACGAUGACUUAAUCCGAGAGACAGAGUGUGGGGGGGAACGGGGAGGGGAGGGGAGGGGAGGGGGUGCGUUUAUGCGUCAGGAAACAACAGUUUUGGGCCGCGAUGUGCAGCGACCCUGCUGGCUGUGAUUCACUGCCCGCCCCCCCAUAUGCUCCGACUCCCUCUUGUUGUGUCCACGGGGGGGUGGGGAGAACAUGACAGCUGCUGAUGUACAGCGCUGGCACGAGUGGCCACAUCUCCUCUGCUUGGCUGCCUCCACAAACUCUCCACACAUCCCUUAUUUACUGCCUCGCUCCUCAGACACCCGGUGCUCCAUAUACAGUAGCUGGCAGCGCUGACACCGAAGAAAUACAGCUGUGCUCUUUGGACGCCUCAAAGCAGCUGUGAGGUAUGCUCCGCAUCCAGGACGGUGUUUAUAGGAGGAAUUGCUUACCACAGGCGCAGAGUUCAGGAGAAACUUAUGACAGAUGUUUAAAGCUGUGUUGCUCCGUCUUUCAUCGGGGGGGGGUUCGAACUCAGAGAAUGUGGGAAUAAAACAAAUCGAGUGUCUGUCUCGGAAUCUGACGUGACAUUUCAGAACCAGCCCGGAAAAAGUCUGUACGUCUUUGCCCCCGACUGAUCUGACCGUGCUGACAUUCUGGCAUUUUUUAAUUAUUUUUUUUUUUUUGCUGUGUGUGAACUCCCUCUCCCUUCAGCCACCGUCACUCAGUCUUCACGGUUCCAUCAGAAAAACCGUUUGUCCUCCUCCUGUUUUUUUUUUUUUUUUUUUUUUAGAAUGCAAUUAUGAAUGCCACUUGAAGGACAGCUGUUUAACUUUGUUGUUUUUUUGUACAUUGCUUUGUCGACAGUUUUAAUGUUUGUUUUUAUACAAUAUUCAGUUUUCUCUAGACGUAGGCUGUUUUGUUUUUUUGUUUUGUUUUUUUUGGCUCGUUCACGACAGAGGGCUCAUUGUCGCUUCAUUGUGAGAACAUGACAUUUAGCGUUUGUUUCUUUAGGGGGAUUUGUUUCCCCCUGCGAGGUGCAAACAUGCCUUUCUGUCUUAACAUCGCUACGGGCGGUUAAAGCCCGUCAGAAUUGAUGGGGAGAGAAAUAAUUGUCACAUUUCCCACAAAGGGCGCACUUGCACGCUUGUCGCCGUGCCUCUCCGCAUAAGACCCAGUUUAAUUCAAUUAGACGUCCCGGUGUAAUCUGCGGUACGUCUUUUAUGAAAACUGCCAGCGUAAGACCCAUAAUCAUCUUUUGUUGUAGAGCAUGAUCUAUGAGAUGACACUGCACAACACAGAGCCCAUGACACUACAGCAUCAUCAGCCCCGGAUGUAAAUAUGCCCAUUUUAACGACUGAUGUAACCUACUGUAAUACUUUACCUCUGACACCUGUAACCAUAUUUUUACAUUUUGAACAGUUUAACGCCAUUUUUCUAAUUCUGAAUCGCCUUCAGACCCGCGCUCUUUUCAACCUCACACCCAUAUGUUAGCCAGUUUUCUCAUGUUUGAUGGAGUUUUUUUUCUGCCUCUGUUUGUCAGGAGCGGUGUAUAUUUGAUGUAAAUUUGUGUGUGUUUUUUUUGUCAGUACAGUUUCCAUAUUUUAUUUUAUUUGCAUCUUGUAGUAUUUUUCCAUAUGUCUUUCUGUUUUUGUUUUGUUUUGUUUUGGGAAGGAGUUUUAAGUAACCCCCACUUAUCCACGGAAGCACUCCCGGUAGAAGGUAAAGGAAGGACGCUCAUGCAGUAAUUGGGCUCUUGUCUGCUGUGAAGAAUUUUGAUACGGAUGCUUUUUUUUUUUCCCCCCUGCCACCUUUGACAUUUUUGUUUCUGUUAUCUCCUCCUAAUCCUUCCCCCGUGCUAAGGCUAAAUAUCCGAGCAGUGGAAAUGUAUGCUCUACAAAUGGUGUGUUUGAUGUUGUGUUCUGCUGGAUGGCAACUAUCUGAUACCUGCCAGCCUCGUCCUGUGGAGUUCUCUGCUACAUGUGAAAGCACUCUGAAUAUCUAUACUAGGUGGUGCACUACCUUCUCUUUAUUCUCUCAAAUCAACUAUUUUUUAAAUAAAGGAAAGAGUGUCACAAAAAAA